UUCUCUGCGCGGCGGCCCGUUGCCGGCCGGGUAAGUGUCCGGAUGUGGGCGGGGUCAUCUCUCUCUCUCUCUCUCUGUCUGUCGGAGACCGAGCCUCAGUGACAGACGACAGUCGAGUCCGUGCCCGCGCAGCGCCUUCCCGACACCGAUCCCGCCGCCAUGCCUCGAAUGAUUGCUGAAAUCAAGGACUUCUUGCUGACAGCAAGAAGAAAGGACGCAAAAUCUGUAAAAAUCAAGAAGAACAAAGACAAUGUAAAAUUUAAAGUACGGUGCAGUAGGUAUCUGUACACACUUGUCAUCACAGACAAAGAAAAGGCUGAAAAACUCAAACAGUCCCUGCCCCCAGGUUUGGCUGUCAAAGAACUCAAGUGAGCAGCUGCAAUUUCAAUGUUCAGAUUUUGUUGAAAUAAAAUAAAUGGUGAAAUGCU